UGGACAAUAUUAGCUAACAGCCUAUAGGACAGGGGAGGGAGGAAGUCUAUAUAAAUAAACUGAGACAAGAAAGUGUGGCAGUUUGAGUCAAUCAGAUCACUGAUUAUGCAAAUGCUGAGGACUUCAGUGGCCUUUCUUCUUCACAUGGUUGCUUCUCUGGCGGCCCCUGUGCCAUGUGAGGAGAAUGUGGCCCGUCUGGAAGCCGAGAUCCAGGGCCUGGUGUCUGUAAUCAACGACCAGCAUCGCUACAUCCAGGAGCUCCACAACAGCCAGGCACAGUCUCUGGAGCACAUACCCAACACACACCUGGGCCCUGAGAACCACUAUAGAGACUGCUCCGAGGUGUUUGCAGACGGUAACGUGGCCAGUGGCCUGUAUGUGAUCCGUCCAGAUGCUUCUCCCACCGCACUGAGCGUCUACUGUGACAUGAACAAUGGAGGAGGAUGGACUGUCUUCCAGAGAAGAAGAGAUGGCAUUGAGAACUUUGACAGAGCAUGGGUCGAGUACAAACAUGGAUUUGGAGACCUCUACUCCCCUGAUGGAGAAUUUUGGCUGGGCAAUAAACCUCUACACGAUCUCACCUCACAAGGAAACUACAACCUGCGGAUCGACAUGGAGGACUUUGUGGGUAAUCAGCGCUAUGCAGAGUACAAUAACUUCAAAGUGGGUGAUGAAAAGGACCAGUACCAAUUACAUGUGGGAGAGUACACUGGGAAUGCAGGGGAUGCCCUGGUCGAUGGCCCCCCCUUUGCUGGGCAGAAAUGGACCAGUCCAGACUUGGGCUCAGGUGGGGUCAAGUUCAGCACCUAUGAUCACCAGAAUGACGAUGAUGCUAAGUGUAUCAGACACAGCAAGUCAGGCUGGUGGUUCAGCAGGUGUGAUUCAGGCAACUUGAAUGGCCAUUACUACAAAGGGCCGUACCAAGCGAUGGCAGAUGAUGGGGUGGUGUGGUACACAUGGCACGGUUGGUGGUACUCCAUCAAAUCCGUAGUCAUGAUGGUACGAGCCGCUGACCUCGAACAUCCGCCACUGGGAAUUGCGCCGUUACCGGAACAACGUGAUUCCAGAAGAGCUGCAGGUGAAAUCCCUUAUGACCGACAGGCUGAAGAGAGAGGCCGACAGUUUGGAAGCGACGCGUCUCCUUACUCGAGCUGAAAAGCUUCCUGCUUU